AUGACAUUUGCUCCUUUGAAAAACGACCUUAUCCUCCGUGCUGCCAAGGGUGAAAAGGUCGAAAGACCACCUAUUUGGAUCAUGGUAUGUUUAUUUUUCUCAUCAAUUGCACGAUUUAUUGCUGUUGAAUUUUCACCUUCCACCAUCCCCAUACUAACACCCCAGAGACAAGCAGGUAGAUAUCUCCCAGAAUACCACAAAGCAAAGGGUAAUAGAGACUUCUUUGAGACUUGUCGUGAUGCUGAGAUUGCAGCUGAGAUCACCAUCCAGCCUGUCGACCACUUUGACGGUCUUAUUGACGCUGCCAUUAUUUUCAGUGAUAUUUUGGUGAUUCCCCAAGCUAUGGGCUUUGAAAUCGAGAUGGUGGAAGGUAAGGGUCCAGUUUUCGUGGACCCAUUGCGUAGCGCUGCCGACAUUUCCAGAGUUAACUUGAAACCAGACAUUUUGAAGCUGUUGGAUUGGGCUUUCAGGGCCAUCACCUUGACCAGAACCAAAUUAAACGGCAGAGUUCCACUUCUCGGUUUCUGUGGUGCUCCAUGGACCUUAUUGGUGUACAUGACCGAAGGCCAGGGAUCUAAGAUGUUCAGAUUCGUUAAGCAGUGGAUUUACGAGUAUACGAAAGAAUCGCAUGUGUUGUUGCAAGCCAUUACUGAUGCGUGUAUCGAGUUUUUGGCCCAACAGGUUGUAGCAGGUGCUCAAAUGUUGCAAGUCUUCGAGUCGUGGGCGGGUGAGUUGGGUCCUAACGAAUUUAAUGAGUUCUGUUUGCCAUAUUUGAGACAGAUUGCUUCCAAAUUGCCUCCAAGAUUGAAGGAGCUCGGAGUCACUGAUAAAAUCCCUCUCACUGUGUUUGCAAAGGGUGCCUGGUACGCAUUGGAUGACUUGUGUGAGUCGGGCUACGACUGUGUCUCCUUGGACUGGCUCUACAAGCCGGAAGAUGCCGUCAACGUAGUCAACGGUAGAAGAAUUACCUUGCAGGGUAACUUGGAUCCAGGUAUCAUGUAUGGCCUGGACGAGGUGAUCAGCCAAAAGGUGGAACAGAUGAUUAAGGGAUUUGGAGGUGGAAAGCAGAACUACAUUGUGAACUUUGGCCAUGGCACCCACCCAUUCAUGAAGCCUGAGAAAAUUGAGCACUUCUUGAAGGAAUGCCACCGGUUCGGCUCGCAAUAA